CAGCGAAUCGACGGAGACUUGUCUAACACUGGACUCAAGCUAGCGUUAAAGACCGAUAAAUAGUCGUCUGCUCGUGAAGGCGCCGCUCAUUCUUUUCAUAAAAAUGAAAAGAAAACUGAAAAUAUUUCCUCUCCCUCCCCCACUAUUUCAUCUCUUUUAUUAUAGAACGCCAUAAAUGAAGGGAGAUAAGAAAUAUCGGAAAUCUGGAAGUCCCAGUCUGUAAAAGUGUGUGUUGUUUCUGUGUCUAUUGUCUGAAAUAGAACCUUUUGUGAUUUAUCAUACACCUUAGCAAUAACAGACUGAGUGUUAGGAUUGGGGAGUAUAAAUUUCGUUGACGCAUCUAAGGUGUGCAGUUCUUGUUUCGAAGUUUAAGAUGAACCGCUAUGCCCAUUCAUUGGAUUAACAAAAGCUCAUUCAAUGAUGCAUUAAACAGUCAUCUGGAAAUACCGCAGCCUAUACUUUCCUUUUCCUCCGAUCUUGGUGCAACACGUGCACGACCACAGAAAGAAGCAAACAAGUCAAAAGAAAACAAAAAUCGAAUUCUAAAAAGGAACAGAAAUAAUCACGCAUUCAAAUCUUUCUUUUACCUGCGUGAGGAAGGAAAAAAAAUAAUAAAACAAAGCAUCAUAUGUCGGAAGAACCUGCACGAAAUGUGACGUCACACACUCGCUGCUCAUGUGAUGAAGGUAAACGUCACAGGGAAAUAAGCGAUUCGGAAAAGAAGGAAUACUUUGUAUUAUUUUUUUUUUGCGUUCGGCCGUCAUUCUUUCUAAACGAUGGUCGAGUCAAGAUGUUGCUCGUCAGCCGGUUCAGCAUGCUCUAACACGUUCGAUUGUUUACUUUUGGAGACAUGAGUAAAUGACCGCAUAAUGUUCUGGAUAAUUUAUUUGUGUGUUGUGUUUUUAGAAGCAUCGCGGGUGGAAUCGAUUUGUCGGCAUGUCAUGAAGGAGCCGAAAGGUGUCAUCACCACCCCCUAUUUCCCUGACCCCUAUCCGGUCCCCAUUAGCUGUCAGUGGGUCAUCGAAGCCCCCACGGACAAAGUGGUCGCCGUGUAUUUCACGCAGUUUUAUAUGAGGGAGGGGUUGAAGGCCACCGAAUAUGCUUAUUAUUCGGCGAACGUGAAGAUGGGCAAGACCGAAUUCGGGACCAUCAGCUCCGAGCGCGAACCCACCUACCUGGUGAGCAACAAGAACGUGUUGGUGCUUGAUUUCAAUGUGCGCGAGAUCGCCAACAUCCACAUGAGGGUGAGAGAGUACCUGUUGGAUGUGUUUGGUUUUAAUAUCACUUAUGAAUUUCUGUCCAGGAAUGAAAGUGAAAGAAAGGAUGCUUGUUUAUAUCACCACUGCUCAUUUAAUGGGAAUUGUUACGCGUCCGCCAAGUACGACAAGUACUACUGCAGUUGUUUUUCGAAGUAUUUCGGGGAGGAGUGCCAGUACGAUGCCGAGUGCGGACCAGAGGCCAGCAGGAACAUGUGUCAAAACGGAGGGACAUGCAGGUAUUACAUAGGUUCAACUGUAAGAACAUGUGAAUGUUUACCAGGAUAUGAUGGUGCUAGGUGCGAAGCCAAAAAAUCAACAGCCCCGAAACAAAUUGAAUGCUCGGGGUCUUCCUGUAACAGAACUUGUUCCGGUGAAUCUGGCGAAGAAGUGGAUAAAAACUGUACACAGGAUGACAGACGUUUACGCUACAUUAUAUCAUUGCAUCUAACAAAUCCGAAAGUGAACAGCAUACUAUCGGACAAAAAAAGGAUGGACACAUUUAAAAAGGAAAUGGAAAAUGCGCUUUUCCUAUUGUUCAAAGGGCGUCUAGAAGUUAUUGAAAAUAUCACAGUUUUGGAUGUCAAAAACAACGCUACAAUGACAUUUCAUAUGCUAUCCAGAAAGGAAGAUGGUGAAGAGAUUAGAUCAACAAUCGAACAAAUGUUAAAACUGGGAAAAUUGGGUAGUUUUGAUUUUGACCACGAUUACCAAAGAAUACACUCAGAACCAGCCCUGAGAAUUGAGCGCAUGGAGGCCAGUGAAAUGAUGCCCGUUGCCGAAGGAACUGAGCUGACCCUUGCCUGCAUGAUCGAGGGGUCGAGCGAGAUGAAGGUGGUGUGGUUCAGGGACAAUUCUCCUGUCCACAUUCAUUCGGCUGACCGAAGCAUGUGGACAACAAUGGUGCCCAAGAAUUCUCAAGAACAGUUCACUUCUCUGCUGGGAUUCGAUAGAGUGGCCAGUUUAGAUACAGGAAUGUUUACUUGCCAAGUAACAGAUUGGGGUUUUGUCCAGAACCGAAGUAUAUACGUCCACGUAUUGUCCGCCCCGCAACCCCAGCUCAGCCCCAUCACCGCAACCAUCUAUGUGGGAUCACCUCUCGUCAUUACCUGUCUCUCCCGGGAAGACAUUUACGGUAACUUUGGCUACACUUGGCUGAAGAACGGCAGAGUGCUCAACCCCAGUAUCGAACCCGAGAUGGCCGAAGAUCUGUUUCCGGCUGGUAGUCGUAUUCUGUUGCAGGGGGCCAAAUCUUCCGCCAUGUAUUCUUGCAUCAUCACCAGCUCAGCAGGUUCUACAAGAAAGGAUAGUAUCAUCACCGUCAUCGAUAAAGACAGUGAGUAAAGAGAAUUUAUUCCGUAGUUUUUAUGUAGUUUCCGUAGUUUCGGUCAUGUUUUAACUGACAACCACUACCGUUCCAGUCCUUUGUCUGUUUUAAACUAUCACAGCAAAGAACCAUACUGAUUUGAAAGAUUUGUACAAUACUGUUCAGCGGCAUUAAAGUAUUACGUAAGCACCU